AUGGAUGAAGACGUGAGAAGGAAAGCACAAAGUGGCGGCGCUGCAUCCGGGCCCUUGCUCGUUUCAGGUCACGCUGAGGACCGAAGGAAGAAAAAGGUCGCAGGCGGCGAGGUCUCUUUCGAUCGAUCGCGAAGAGGGAUCGUCUCCGGGGUUCAACGAGGCCAAAGGGGAGGAAGGGAGAAGCAGCGAAGCUGCGUUCUUCUCAUCCGGUACGAGGUGCGAAGUCCGGGCGUUGCAAGCAGCAAUAGCAUCGAAGACGAGACCCUCGGAGGAAAAGAUAGAGGGAAGAGGGAAAGGUUGUUACUGUCGUUGAUCAAGGGAGGACCAUUUGUGCUCUUGUUGUUGAGGAAAGAAGAAAGACGAAGAAGAGGUGGAGAAAAAAAUGAAGAGCGAAUGAUGAUGAUCUUUCUGCUCGCAAUCGGUGUGAAGAAGAAGAAAACGGUGCUGGUACAAUGA